AUGACGUUGAAAACCAUAUAUAUUGCCAGACAUGGGUAUAGAGCAAACUGGUUGCCGCCUCCACAUCCUCCAAAUCCUACUGGUAUCGAUAGUGACCCGCCAUUGGCAUCCCACGGAAUCGAUCAAGCUAAACAAUUAGCCGGAUAUCUUAACUCAUUACCUGCCAAAGAGCAACCGCAGUUUAUAUUAUCGUCUCCAUUCUACAGAUGUGUUCAAACUAGUGAGCCAAUUUGUGAUAUGCUUUCCGUGCCAUUGGUAUUGGAACGUGGUGUUGGUGAAUGGUAUAAGAAAGACCGUGGUAUUGUCCCUGAACCAGCCAAUUACGACGUGUUAAAGCCGUUCUUUUCUUGUUUACGAGAUGCCAGUGAAUGGGAUAGGGACUCGACUGUUGGUGUUAUUCCUUCGUUGGACGGUGAAUCGGAAGAAGAUAUUUUUGCCAGAUGUGUGCAAUUCUGGAAAGAGUUCAUACCUAUUUUUGAAGCGAAGUAUCCAGAGAUCACCACUAUAUUAAUAGUCACUCAUGCAGCUACCAAGAUUGCUCUCGGUAUGUCGUUACUUAAGUUCCACGACGUGUACGAAGCAAUCGAUAACGACAACACAGUGUUGAGAGCAGGUGCAUGCUCCUUGGAUAAGUACGAAAGAGGAGGUGAUGAUUGGUCGAUUAAGAUGAACGGGAAUUGCGAAUUCUUGUUAGAUGGUGAAGAAAUGAACUGGAACUUCCACUCAGCAUUUGAAGCUGGUUCCGAUGAAGAUAUUAAGGCGAGACGAGCGGAAGCCAAAAGAAAGGCAGAAGCGAGCAACACCAAAGACAAGAAUUUUUAUGUAACAAUAGAUGUACCAAUGAUCGGUAAUUCGAACCUUUCACAAUUUGAAGACGUUAAUCAACCGGCUUCCCAGUCGAAGCAGGAUUCGAAGGAAAAUAUAACCUCCAACUCAAAACAGAACUAUAUUAAAUCAUCAUCACAUCUUCAAGUCACCGAUUUGAACAACAAAACUCCAUUGAUUAAAUUGUCUAAUAGUAACGUCAACACUGAUAACGAUUCUAUCAAUAACCUAUCAGUGAUAGAUGGGAAUAUCUAUCAAACGAAUUGGACAAAACUAGUGGGGACCGAAUUGGUUUUUGAUGACUACGGUGAAUUAAUUGGAAGUGUAAGAGAGCAUUUGAAAUGCGAUGAAAACAUAAAGAUCACGUCCAAGAAUGAAAAGGACAAGAAGGACACGGAUAUAGCUGACGAUGACAGCGACGUCAAGGUUAAAGAUGAACAAACUUCUUUCUUGUUAAAGGCCAUUAAAUCUGCUAAGAGAAAAGAAGCAGAAGUGGAAGUGUAA